CAUUAUAUCCGGGUUGUUGCUGUGACGAAUGGCAUAACAACAGCUAAACUAAAGCUUGACAACGAACUAAAAAAAACAACAACAAAAAAACACGACUAAUAAGUGAUGUUAAUAUAAUCAAUUUGCUGUGGACUAGUGAGGACAAACUAGAUCAAAAUGCCUCCUAAAGGUAAAAAAGGUAAGGGCAAAGGGAAGAAAGGGAAAAAGGGAAGUACAUCGUCAGGUUUUAUUGAUAUUAUUCCUACUGAUGAGAUGACUCCAGAGCAGCUUGAAGAGCAUGUUCAAAGAAUUAGAGAGGAACUGGAGCGUGAAAGGGAGGAGAGGAAUUACUUUCAGUUGGAAAGAGACAAAGUUAACACAUUUUGGGAAAUCACAAAGCGACAGCUGGAAGAGAAAAAGGCUGAGCUUCGCAAUAAGGACAGGGAGAUGGAAGAUGCUGAGGAAAGACAUCAAAUAGAGAUUAAAGUCUACAAACAAAAAGUGAAGCAUUUACUAUAUGAACAUCAAAACAAUAUUUCUGAACUUAAAGCUGAAGGUUCAGCAGCCCUUAAGCUGUCCCAAGACAAUCACUAUUCUUCAGAGCUUGAUCUUCGCAAAGACAAAAGAGCUCUAAAAGUUGAGCUCAAAGAACAGGAACUGGCACAUGAAGAUGUUAUUAAGAACUUGAAGAAGAAAAAUGAUGAGGCCAUGACUGCCUUGAGAAAUACAUUUGAGCGCCAAGCAAAAGAAAUUGAAAGUAAAUAUGAGAAAAAAAUGAGAAGCUUGCGAGAUGAACUAGACCUGCGACGCAAGACAGAAAUCCAUGAAAUUGAAGAAAGGAAAAAUGGUCAGAUCAAUACCUUGAUGAAGAACCAUGAGAAAGCUUUUAGUGAUAUAAAAAAUUAUUACAAUGACAUUACUUUAAACAAUCUUGCACUCAUCAAUACCUUAAAGGAACAAGUGGAGGAUAUGAAGAAAAAAGAGGAAAGGAUGGAGAAGCAGAUGGCUGAGGUCAUAGCUGAGAAUAAAAAGCUUGCUGAACCCCUACAGAAAGCUAGAGAGGAAGUUGAGGAUCUCAGGAGGCAACUGGCAAACUAUGAGAAAGAUAAAGAAAUACUCAAGAAUGCUAAGGGACAUGUCAAACAUUUAACAGAUGAAUUCAAAGCCUUGAAAUGGGAACAUGAAGUAUUAGAGCAGAGAUUCCAGAAGAUCCAGGAAGAGAGAGAUGAGUUAUACAGUAAGUUCCUUAAGGCUGUUCAUGAAGUCCAGCAAAAGUCCAGUUUUAAGAAUCUAUUGCUAGAAAAGAAAUUGUCUGCCCUUGCUGACACCCUAGAAAAGAAGGAAGCCCAACUAAAUGAAGUAUUGUCUGCCUCAAAUUUGGAUCCAACAGCACUUACAGUAGUGACAAGGAAGUUAGAGGAUGUGCUUGAUUCUAAGAAUAGUGCCAUCAAAGAUCUUCAGUAUGAGCUGGCAAGAGUCUGUAAGGCUCAUAAUGACUUGCUUCGCACAUAUGAGUCCAAACUCCAUCAGUUUGGCAUUCCAACUGAAGAACUUGGUUUCAAGCCCUUGGAAAGUACUGUCGGAGGUCAGACUCUCGGCCAUGGCCCAGCAGGUUUGGUCUCUGCUCCGACGUGAUUGGACAUUUAAAACUGUACUUUGUACAGCAACCACUCUUGGGAAAUAGAUCUUGUUAGGACUUAAAAGGAUAUAUGAACUUUUGCACAUUCUGAGAAUCACUUCAAGAUUUCUUUGUGCUUAUUUCAAUGAAAUCACACUUUCAAAUGCAUCUAAACAUAAAUAAAUUUAAAGUUAGCAGAAAAAGUAACCCCAAAACUAUUCUUAUAUUUCAAAAGUAGAUUUCCAUCUUAAUAGCAUAUUGUGUUAUAUUUGCAUACCAGUACUGGUACUUUUAAUUCUGUUAACAGCAAAGGACACUUUUUGUACGUCAUUGUUGUAUUCUGAUAGGGUAAUAGGAUAUUUAAAAAUUUCAUAUAAUGUAAUAAGCUCCAUUUUUCACACACAAGACAAAUCUAUGUAAGUAUUGAAGUACUUAAGAGACAUAGUUAUACACAAUUUAAUUUAGUCUACUUUGCUUUAAACCAUUUGUUUUUACUUAUAACAUUCAAGAGGUAAAAUUAAUAUAGAAGUCUCUUUGUCAAGUUUUGGUAACCAGUACACACAACAUCAGCUGUAUGUACAUUGUAUCUAGGAAUGCAAAUGAAAAACUAUUUAUAUACAUAUAUAUUAUAUAAUUUAUAUAAUGA